AUGCAACUAUCUGUCUGUAAUGGGAAUGAAAAGACAACUACAUGGAGUGAAAAUAAUGAAUUUCAACCUAUAGUAAACAUGGAAUCGAACGAAAUAAAAAAUUUGAAAUUUGAAGAUUUGAAGUAUUUCGUUAUUCAAGGAAGAGCCGGAAAAAAGUUCAUUCUCAAAGGAAUAUCUGGAGAGUUUAAAUCUGGGGAACUGAGCGCAAUUAUGGGACCUAGUGGAGCUGGAAAGAGUUCUCUCAUGAACAUUCUGGCGGGAUACUGCACGCAAAAUGUUAUUGGUGAUGUUAUCAUUGGCUCUUCACUAAGAAACCUGCAGCAGUUCAGGAAAAUGUCGUGUUACAUAAUGCAAGAUGAUUUGUUACUACCUCAUCUGUCUGUUGAUGAGGCAAUGAUGUGUAGUGCCAACCUGAAAUUAAGUGAAAAGACUAACUAUGCAUCCAAAAGAAAAAUAGUUGAUAAUAUUAUAAGCCUUCUUGGUCUAAGAGAAGCCGUACAUACUCGAACUUCACAACUGUCUGGCGGUCAAAAGAAACGACUGGCUAUUGCUCAGGAAUUAGUUAACAACCCUCCAAUAAUGUUUUUUGAUGAGCCCACAAGUGGUUUGGAUAGUGCUUCAUGUUUUCAUUGCAUCUCAUUGUUACGUCGCUUGGCACGUGGUGGUCGAACAAUAAUUUGUACAAUACACCAACCGAGUGCAAAAAUAUUCGAACUAUUUGACCAUUUAUACUUCUUAACUGAUGGUCACUGUAUUUAUAGAGGACCUGUUUCAUGUUUAGUCCCUUACCUCGCAUCACAAGAUUUAAUUUGCCCAUCUUAUCAUAAUCCUGCUGAUUAUUUUAUGGAAGUGGCUUGUGGUGAAUAUGGUGAUCAUUAUAUGCGAUUAGCAAUGGCUGCACGUCGUGGAACAUUAGAUGAAAUUGUAGAUUAUUUGAAAAAGACGAAAGUAUUUCCUUAUUCAACAGUUAUUCAGACAAAUGAAUGUCCAAUAGAUAAUAUUCAAAUAGUUUCUGAAACUAUUCCUUCAAGUGAUCAUCGUUCAUCGUCACCAUCAUCACCGUCAUUUUGUUCACCUAUUAUUAUACAUGAUGAUAAGAAGAAAAAGACUAAACAGCUUGUAAAAAGUCAAGAAUCACCAUCACAUAUUGAAAUGUCUGUACUUCUACCUCAACCUAAUGGCCCUAUACGUACCAUAGAUCAAGGUUUAGCCAGUUCAGAUUGUAUAAAAUACGAUGAUCCUAGUCGAGAAUUUGCUGCAAAUCAGUUAACCCAAUUUCGGGUUCUAUUCGUGAGAAAUGUACUUUCCAUUAUUCGUGAUUCAACAUUAACACAUCUGCGUUUUGUAUCACAUAUUGUUGUUGGAAUAUUAAUCGGUGUUUUAUAUUUUCGUGUUGGUAAUUUGGGUUACGAAGUGAUAAGUAAUGCAGCAUUUGUCUUCUUUACUUUGCUAUUCCUUAUGUUUGCUUCAUUAAUGCCAACUGUGAUGACAUUUCCUCUUGAAAUAUCAAUAUUCUUCCGUGAACAUCUAAAUUCAUGGUAUAGUUUAAAAGCCUAUUACUUGGCGAAAUCACUAGCUGACGUACCAUUCCAGAUAUUUUUUCCUAUUGUUUACGCUAGUAUUACAUACUGGAUGACUGAACAACCAAAUGAUGCUAUAAGAUUUAUUCAAUUUCUUAUCAUAUCGAUUCAAACAUCUUUAGUUGGUCAAUCAUUAGGUCUUGUUAUUGGUACAGCUACUUCAUUACAGGUCGCUGUAUUUCUAGGACCAGUAACGGGAAUUCCUAUACUAUUAUUCUCUGGGUUUUUUCUCAAUUUAUAUGCUAUACCGAAAUAUUUACAAUGGAUUUCUUUCUUAUCAUUUACCCGAUAUUCAUUUUCGGGAGCACUCAAAAUUAUCUAUGGAAAUAAUCGUACAGAACUUGAUUGCGAUCGUAAACGAAUAAAUAAGAUGAGUUAUCCUUGUCUUGGCAAACCAGCAAUGAUAUUUCAAGCAUUAAAUAUUCCAGAUUAUAGUGUUUCUGUCGAUUUCGGUGUAUUAUGCAUCUUUUUUCUUUUUUUACGAAUACUUGGUUAUUAUAUACUUCGAUGGCGUGUACGCCGCCGGCGUUGA